AUGGCAAGCCUACCGGCCCACGCCUCACCCAAAAUCGCCCCGCAUUUGACCCCCCCUACCAGCCGACCAGAUGGCCUCUUCGAUGACAAUGCCAGUCAAGCAAGCAGCACAGCGACCGGCGAAGAGACACCGGCAUUGCCAGAAUCGUUGUUAUCACCCGCAUUCACUCCACCAGCAACCCCCGGUGGCACAUUAAAUCUGGACCUGAACCCAACUAAAAUACUUCAUCACAACCAAGCUGCGAAUCUCCAACACCCAGGCGAGCAUGCGAAAGCACCAAAGCUCCUUCAACAGCUUCCAAAGGUAGAAUGUAUCGUCCGGGCGCGAAUCCCCACGACUACCGGCGCAGAGAUGUUCCUGCACCUCUACCUCAACGACUUGGAUAAUAAAGAACAUCUGGCCAUUGUGUUCGGAAACAAUAUUCGCAGCCGUAGCCUGGACCGCGUACGACCCGGGGAGACUGAGAUGGACCGAAUGAUCCGCGGCGCAUAUGUGGGCAAAUUGCACCCGGGACGAGUGAGUAGCUGGUUUGAUGAUGAAAAGUCUGAUUCACAAUCAUCUGCGAAUCGUACCAUUGAGCCCCCACUCGUGCGAAUUCACUCGGAAUGUUAUACCGGAGAGACUGCUUGGUCGGCUCGGUGCGAUUGCGGUGAACAGCUGGACGAAGCUGCCCGACUCAUGUCUUUCCCUGUGGAAGACCUGGCGUCUGAUGCGCCCGCGGAGGCACAAUCGCUGAAGUCGCAAUCUGCCGGAGGUGUCAUUGUCUAUCUGCGACAGGAGGGUCGGGGAAUUGGCCUCGGUGAGAAGUUGAAAGCGUAUAAUCUGCAGGAUCUCGGGUCCGAUACUGUCGAGGCCAAUCUUCUCUUGCGACACCCGGCAGAUGCUCGGAGCUACGGCUUAGCGACAGCUAUGUUGAUGGAUCUGGGCUGUGGUGCGGAUGUCAACCCGGACGGUGUUCGUUUGCUCACCAACAACCCGGAUAAAGUGCGGGCCAUUGAAGGCCCUAACCGUGAAGUGCUGGUUAAGGAGAGGGUUCCAAUGGUUCCUCUGGCCUGGCGAACUGGUGGAGAACGAGGGAUCAAGAGUUCGGAGAUUGAGGGAUAUUUGAGGACUAAGAUCUCAAAAAUGGGUCAUAUGAUCCAAUAA